AUGGCGACUAUCACACAGACCCUGCCCACCACGGCAGUUGAACUCCCCACUCUAGGCCAAACCACCAAUGAAGAACGACAACGCAAUCCUGGAAUCAGCUCUUCAGCCCCAGGGUCUAUCAUCGCCGAUGAUGUGAUGCAGCAAUCGCUUAUUGCAGAUUCGCAAGUCCCCGAUGGAGGCUAUGGCUGGGUUGUUAUUUUUGCGUGUGCUGUCGUGACCUGGUGGUUUGUCGGUGUUUCUUAUACUUGGGGUGUUAUGCAAGCUGAGCUUGUUAAUCGGAAGGGAUAUUCUUCCUCGACACUGGCUUUUGUGGGGUCGUUGUGUCCGGCUUGUAUUUCGCUGCUUGCAGUGCCGAAUGCGACUGUUAUUCGGAAGAUUGGGGCAAGGAUUACUGCUCUGCUGGGUAUUUUCUUGCUUGGAUUGGGAAGUAUCUUGAGUGGGUUUGCGACGGAUAGUGUUGUUGGACUAUUCAUGACUUGGGGAUUUGUUGGUGGACUUGGUACUAGUCUGUGUUUCAUGGUCGUCUCUGUGACACCCGCUCAGUACUUCAAAGCUAAGCGCGGCAUCGCAAAUGGCAUCGUCUACGCUGGUGGUGGCCUCGGCGGCACCGUUAUCAGCUUCAUCCUCGACGCCCUCCUACAAAGAGUCGGCAUCGCCUGGACCUUCCGUAUCCUCGGCUUCCUAAUCAUGGGCACCGGUCUUCCAGCGGCCUACCUAAUCAAAGAACGGGCCCCUAUCAAACCCACCAAAAUGGUCGAAUGGAGCCUCUUCAAAGACAUCCGCUUCGCCGUCCUCUUCGCCGUCGGCGCAAUCGGCACAUUCCCCCUCUUCGUGCCAGCCUUCUUCUUACCGCUAUACACGAACAGUCUCGGUCUUCCCUCCAGCGCGGGUGCAGGUCUAGUCGCAGCAUUCAAUUUCUCCUCUGCGAUUGGCCGGUUAUCUUGUGGAUUUGCGUGUGAUAAGCUUGGUUCAUUGAAUACGCUUUUCUUGUCGUUGUUGCUUAGUGCAUUGAGCAUUUUCGUGCUGUGGCCUGUGUCUAGCUCGAUUGGACCGCUUAUUGCGUUUGUGAUUAUUAAUGGAUCGGCAAAUGGUGGGUUCUUUUCGACUAUGCCGACUGUUGUUGGGAAUGUGUUUGGUUCGGCUAGAGUGAGUGUUGCGGUGGGUAUGAUUGUCAGUGGGUGGCUUGGUGGAUAUCUUCUGGGUGCACCGAUUGCAGGUUAUAUCCUUAAUGCGUCUGGUGGACAAGAAGGUGGUGUUGGUGCUUAUAGACCAGCUAUUUUCUAUGCUGGUUCGAUGGCGACGGCUGCUACGGUGUUAGCUGCUGUGGUUCGAAUUAAGGUCGACCGCAGGAUCAAAAAGACGGUGUAA